AUGGCAAUGUGGACUCACACCAAGGAGGAACCAUUUGAAUGUCCUGAUUGUGGAAAAGCUUCAGUAACAAUUCCACCCUUUUUCAGUCAGAAUGCCAGCCUUAUUGGCCACCAGAGGACUCACACAGGAGAGAAAGCUUUUAAAUGUCCAGACUGUGAAGACUCCACAGGAGAGAAACCGUACAAGUGUCCUGACUGUGGAAAGUUUCAGUCAGCAUUCCAAUCUCAUGGCUCACAGAGGACUCACACAGGAGAGAAAGCUUUUAAAUGUCCUGAUUGUGGUAAAAGUUUCAGCAAGAACUCCAACCUGGUGAAACACCAGAGGACUCACACAGGAGAAAAACCAUUUGAAUGUCCUGAUUGUGGGAAAAGGUUCACUGCUAGGUCUAUCCUGGUGUUACACCAGAGAACUCACACAGGGGAGAAACCGUUUGAAUGUCCUGUUUGUGGAAAAAGUUUUAGUCAGAAUUCCAGCCUGGUGAUACACCAAAGAACUCACACAGGAGAAAAACCCUUUGGAUGUCCUGAUUGUGGAAAAGGUUUUAGUGACAAUUCCAGCCUGGUGAAACACCAGAGGACUCACACAGGAGAAAAACCCAUUGAAUGUCCUGUUUGUGGGAAAGGUUUUAGUGAGAAUUCCAGCCUGGUGAUACACCAAAGAACUCACACAGGAGAGAAACCCUUUGGAUGUCCUGAUUGUGGAAAAGGUUUUAGUGACAAUUCCAGCCUGGUGAAACACCAGAGGACUCACACAGGAGAGAAACCCUUUGGAUGUCCUGAUUGUGGAAAAAGUUUUAGUCGGAAUUCCAGCCUGGUGAUACAUCAAAGAACUCACACAGGAGAGAAACCCUUUGGAUGUCCUCUUUGUGGGAAAAGUUUCAGUCACAAUUCUAGUCUGGUGAUACACCAGAGGACUCACACAGGAGAGAAACCGUUUGAAUGUCCUCAUUGUGGGAAAAGUUUCACUAAGCAUUCCAAUCUAAUGGCUCACCAGAGGACUCACACAGAAGAGAAAGCUUUUAAAUGUCCUGAUUGUAAAAAACCGUUUGAAUGUCCUGAUUGUGAGAAAAGUUUCAGUCAUCAUUCCAAUCUCAUUGCUCACCAGAGGACACACACAGGAGAGAAACCCUUUGAAUGUCCUGAUUGUGACAAAAGGUUCACUGCUAGGUCUAUCCUGGUGUUACACCAGAGAACUCACACAGGAGAGAAACCGUUUGAAUGUCCUGUUUGUGGAAAAAGUUUUAGUCGGAAUUCCAGCCUGGUGAUACACCAAAGAACUCACACAGGAGAGAAACCGUUUGGGUGUCCUGAUUGUGGAAAAAAUUUUAGUGAGAAUUCCAGCCUGGUGAUACACCAAAGAACUCACACAGGAGAGAAACCCUUUGGAUGUCCUGAUUGUGGAAAAGGUUUUAGUGACAAUUCCAGCCUGGUGAAACACCAGAGGAGUCACACACGAGAGAAACCCUUUGGAUGUCCUGAUUGUGGAAAAAGUUUUAGUCAGAAUGUCAGCCUGGUGAUACACCAAAGAACUCACACAGGAGAGAAACCCUUUGGAUGUCCUGUUUGUGGGAAAAGUUUCAGUCACAAUUCUAGUCUGGUGAUACACCAGAGGACUCACACAGGAGAGAAACCCUUCAAAUGCCCUGAUUGUGAGAAAAGUUUCAUUACCAAUUCCAAACUGGUGAAACACCAGAGGACUCACACAGGAGAAAAACCGUUUGAAUGUCCUGAUUGUGGGAAAAGUUUCAGUCAGCAUUCCAAUCUCAUUGCUCACCAGAGGACUCACACAGGAGAGAAACCGUUUGAAUGUCCUGUUUGUGGAAAAAGUUUUAGUCAGAAUUCCAGCCUGGUGAUACACCAAAGAAUUCACACAGGAGAGAAACCCUUUGGAUGUCCUGAUUGUGGAAAAAGUUUUAGUCAGAAUUCCAGCCUGGUGUUACACCAAAGAACUCACACAGGAGAAAACCCUUUGGAUGACUCACACAGGAGAAAACCCUUUGAAUGUCCUGUUUGUGGGAAAGGUUUUAGUGAGAAUUCCAGCCUGGUGAUACACCAAAGAACUCACACAGGAGAGAAACCCUUUGGAUGUCCUGAUUGUGGAAAAGGUUUUAGUGACAAUUCCAGCCUGGUGAAACACCAGAGGACUCACACAGGAGAGAAACCGUUUGAAUGUCCUGAUUGUGGAAAAAGUUUUAGUCGGAAUUCCAGCCUGGUGAUACAUCAAAGAACUCACACAGGAGAGAAACCGUUUGAAUGUCCUGUUUGUGGGAAAAGUUUUAGUCACAAUUCUAGUCUGGUGAUACACCAGAGGACUCACACAGGAGAGAAACCGUUUGAAUGUCCUGAUUGUGGGAAAAGUUUCAGUCAGCAUUCCAAUCUCAUGGCUCACCAGAGGACUCACACAGGAGAGAAAGCUUUUAAAUGUCCUGAUUGUGGUAAAAGUUUCAGCAAGACCUCCAACCUGGUUCACACCAGAGGACUCACACAGGAGAGAAAGCCUUCAAAUGCCCUGAUUGUGAGAAAAGUUUCAGUACCAAUUGCAACCUGGUGAUACACCAGACGACUCACACAGGAGAGAAACCGUUUGAAUGUCCUGUUUGUGGGAAAAAUUUCAGUCAGCAUUCCAAUCUCAUUGCUCACCAGAGAACUCACACAGGAGAGUAACCCUUUGAAUGUUGUGAUUGUGAGAAAAGGUUCACUGCUAGGUCUAUCCUGGUGAUGCACCAGAGAACUCACACAGGAGAAAUCUGUGUGUUUGAAUGUCCUGUUUGUGGGAAAUGUUUCAGUAAGAAUUCCAACUUGGUGACAUACUAGAGGACUCACACAGGAGAGAAACAAUACGAGUGUCCAGACUGUGGGAAAGAUUUCAGCACUAGAUGUAACCUUAUAAUCAUAUGCUUAUACACACAGGGGAGAAACCAUUUAAGUGCCUUGAGUCUGGGCGGUGGUUCAGGCAACAUUCCAGCCUUAUCGCACACAAGAAAAUCCAUCUGAGGCCCAAAGUGAUGAGCGGAGAGAAAGCUUAAAUUUCAUUUUUAAUGUCCCAUUGUAAGUCCAGCUGAGAAACUGACUAUUUAAUUUGACUACAAAGAAUUUGCCUGAUUUUUUGUAGGCAAAUACGUAAUGAUACUAGAUGAGGAGGAGAAAAGAAGAAAUUGGAACGUUAUUAGUUUGAUCAUGGGGAUUACCUGUAUUUAUUUUUGCAGAAAUUGUGCAAUUAUGUGAUUUGAUUUGAUUUGAUUUAAUAAAUUUAUAG